UAAAAAAUAAAUUUUCUAAAGUUAAAAUGUUAUAUAAAAUUUUACAAAUUUUUUAUAAAAAUGAAAAAAUUUCAUUUUUUAAAAAAUUUAAAAAAUAAAAGUAAAAAAAUUCUCGAUAAGUAAUCACGCCCAUGAACUUUCCUCCCUUUUUCCUCUACUUACAAACAAGGGGUCAAAGUUGGGUGGAUAAAUGCACCUAAUACAUAUAUAUUAUUCCCCGUAAACUUCUCAUCCAUUUCUUCUUCUUGCUCGCCAAUCCAAACUUAAAAGACCAGGCAAGCUCAUUCUUCUCAUCCGAUAAGCAACCGCAGGCAGCCAUGGAAGAGGCCAUAGUUCUAUACCCAACACCAGCAAUAGGCCACUUAAUAUCAAUGGUAGAGCUGGGCAAGCUCAUACUUUCCUGCCGUCCUUCCUGUUCCAUUCAUAUACUAAUUCUCGCAGCACCUUAUGAGGCCGGAUCCACUGCUCCUUUCAUCGCUAAGGUCUCUGCCACAAUUCCCCAGAUCAAAUUCCAUCAUCUUCCCAUCAUCACUCUCCCUUCCGCUCCCACCACACACCAUGAAACUCUCACUUUUGAGGUCAUCCGUCUCAGUAAUAUUAAUGUCCACCAGACUCUUCUCUCCAUUUCCGAAACCUCCACCAUUAGCGCCUUUAUUAUGGACUUCUUUUGUGCUGCUUCUCUAUCUGUUCCGACAGAACUUAACAUUCCUGGUUAUUUUUUCUUUACUUCUGGUGCUAGUUGUCUUGCUCUUUUAUUGUAUUUUCCAACUAUUCAUCAAAACACUACAAAAAGUUUCAAAGAUCUUAAUACCUUUCUUGAUGUUCCUGGUGCGCCACUAGUACUUGCCUCUGACUUGCCAAAACCGACUCUUGAUCGCAAUGAUAAGGCCUAUGAAUGCUUCCUAGACUGCGCCAAAUGCUUUUAUAAAUCAUCUGGAAUUAUAGUGAACACCUUUGAACUGCUAGAGCCAAAAGCUGUGAAGUCAAUAUCAGAUGGACGAUGCAUACCCAAUGCCACCACACCACCUGUUUAUUGUAUUGGGCCGUUAAUAGUAACCAAUAAUAAAAGGGGUGAUAACAACACCAGUAAUGGCGCCCCACAGUGUUUAACAUGGCUUGAUUCGCAGCCAAGUAAAAGUGUUGUUUUUCUAUGUUUUGGAAGCUUAGGGCUGUUCUCAAAGGAACAAUUGAGAGAAAUAGCAAUUGGGUUGGAGAGAAGUGGCCAAAGGUUCUUAUGGGUAGUGCGUAAUCCUCCUUCCAAUAACCAAAGCUUAGCCAUCUCAGCGCAACCAGAACCCGAUUUGGACUCAUUACUGCCUGAUGGAUUCUUGGACCGUACUAAAGGAAGGGGUUUCGUGAUGAAGUCAUGGGCUCCGCAACUAGCAGUACUGAAUCAUGAUUCGGUUGGUGGAUUUGUGACUCAUUGCGGCUGGAAUUCGGUGCUUGAAUCAGUUUGUGCAGGUGUACCACUUAUUGCAUGGCCACUGUACGCAGAGCAAAGGUUCAAUAAGGUAUUACUAGUAGAAGAGAUUAAAAUCGCUUUGCCAAUGAACGAGUCUGAAAACGGGUUUAUAACCGCAUUAGAGGUGGAGAAACGAGUUAAUGAGCUGAUGGAGUCCGAGGCGGCCAACACAGUGAGAGAGCAAACCAUUGCUAUGCAAAAAGCAUCCAAGGCUGCAGUUACUGAGGUGGGUUCCUCUCACGCUGCGUUAUCCAAACUCAUCGACUCAUGGAAGGGCAAGUAAGUGGAAUCUUGGUAUGCAAUCAUUCACGAGUAGAAAGUACAUUGGUUUUGUUUUUUCUUUUCUUUUAGUCGGUACGAGUGCCCGUGUUACUCUCUUUUUCUUUUUCUUUUUUUUCAAUAGAAAAAUAGAAAAAAGAGAGGGCGACCGAUGCCCACGUUACUUGUAUAACAAUAAUAUAUAUUUAUUAAUUUUAAAUAAUAAAAUAUAUUUUAAUUAUUUAUUAAAA